AUGGCUGAUAAUAUUCGAAGAGCGAUGCAAGAUAUAACUUUGGGAAGUGAAGAUCCCCCUUUUGUGUUACCGGCGGAGGUGGUGCGUCAAGCCGAAGAAGAAAAUCGAUUCAUCUUGGUGGGUCAUCCAGUGAUGCCACGACGACAGAAUCUCCGAGCACUCCUUGCUACAAUGCCAAGAAACUGGGGCUUUGAAGGUUUAGUUCGUGGACGUGUCAUUGAAGGCCGACGUUUCCAGUUUGUCUUCCCCUCCGAGGAAUCAAUGGAUAUGGUGAUCCGAAGGGGGCCGUGGGCGUUUGCGGAUCGUAUGAUUGUGCUCCAGAGGUGGACACCAUUGAUGGACAUGGAGAUGCUUAACUACAUUCCCUUCUGGAUCCAAAUCCGGGGAAUUCCUCUGCAAUACAUGAAUCGACAAGUAAUUGUCAACAUAGCAAGACUUUUGGGAGAGUAUAUCCAGAUGGAUUACAGUGAGGAGAUUGGGAACCGUCUGGAGUAUGUCAGAGUCAGAUUGAAUUGGAAUGUCAAUCAUCCUCUCCGGUUUCAGAGGAACUUUCAGUUUGUCCCAGGAGUCAACACGCUACUGAGGCUGCAAUACGAGAGGCUUCGUGGUUUUUGUGAAGUUCGUGGUCUGAUCACUCAUGACUCAGGCGCCUGUCUGAUUCAGAAUGGAGGACCUGAUAAUGACGAUGGAGCUCAUAAUGGAGAUGAAGAAGAUGAUGACAUUGAGAUUGUACCUAAUCAAGGAGUGGCCAUUGAGGAAAUAAAUGAGGAAGUUAAUGAGGGUGUUGUGGCUGAUGGUAAUGAGGCAGCGGAGGAAAAUGUAGAGCCGUUGGUUGAGGAAGAGGAUCCUGAGCAGGAAGAGUAUGAGAGGAACAUAAGGAUCCUGGAGGGGGAAGCAGAUGAUGAGAAACUCUGGAGCGGUAAUGGAAUGCAAACCAUGUUCACGAGUGAUGUUGAUCGAGACGAGAUGUAUAAUGUUCUUUAUCCAAAUGGGCAACGUUUUCCUAAAGAUGUUGAGGAGGAAUCGGGGCAUAAGCGGAAGAGCUGGUUGUCUGGUGCUAAUGAGAACACAUUGAAGUUCUCCAAGGGUGAAAGAGGCGAGUCUAGUGAUUCUUCCAAGUCCAAACGUAAGAAAAGCAAUGAGGCUGCGAGUGGUGAACAGGUUACUCAUGAUGGGACUGUACAAAACGGGGGUGAAAGAGGCGAGUCUAGAGAUUCUUCCAAGUCCAAACGUAAGAAAAGCAAUGAGGCGGCGAGUGGUGAACAGGUUACUCAUGAUGGGACUGUACAAAACGAUUCAAACACGGUGAGAGGCGCGGUGGGCCCUGAACCACCUCUUCCGCCAUGA